AUGGCGGCGCGGGACAGUCGUAGAGAGCGUCAUCUUAUGUCUCUGCCUGUGUCAAUCAGGCCAUUUAUUGACAAGGAUUUCAUCCAUGAUUGGACCUCUUCGAUCUUGAUCGACAUUGCCCAAGAUAAGUACGAUGUUCUGACCUUUGAUGCAUAUUUUUGGUUUUUUGUUAAGCCGCAUCAAAAUGGAAUCAUAAAUUUGAAAGAAUUAGAAGCACUACUGCAGAAAGCGGUUCCUGAGCAUGUGCAAGAACUGGCGGUAAUGAUGAAAAAAUUCGAGAAUAUCAUCCUGUCAGAUUAUUUAGGAUUGAUUUCGUUGCAUGAUAAAACGGAAGUUAAGGCAAUUUUGAACAACAAACUUUUCCAACUGGCAUCGCAUAAUUCAGACGAAUAUGAUGCCGAACUCGAUUCAAAAUUACUAGUCAUACCUCGUUCUGAAAUCUUGGCUUGUAAUAGACAGCACUGCUUUGAUUUUCUGCGGGGGAAGUUGAGUCCCUUCGUAGACGGUGAUCAUCAAUACAUUUUACAACUUAGGAUUAUGGGACUACUGUUUGCGGAUGAUCCUCACCCACUAAGCAUGCGACUUCUAUGUCGGAAGUUGAAGAGCGAUUUAGGAUCAGAGGCCAGAGGUUUUGUUUUGUCUUUGCAGCGAUAUAUAACCGAGAGAGAAGCGACGUAG